ACCAGCAACCCUCACCGUGGAGCAACAAAGGGAACUCUUACUCUGCGCCAGCGGUCGUCCGAGGGCAUCGAGGCCGCCUUUCCUUUGGUUUUUAUGUGCGACAGACACUCAGCUUGUCCCAGGGAGAAAGGACCCAGGAAUCGAUACCGUGAUGUGCCAGCAACACCUAGACGACCCAAGACGAGCAAAUCUGGGAAAGAACGUGGUGCGCGGCCGGUUUAGCAAGGGAAACAGGUGCUUCAGGGACGUCUCGGAGAACAACUCAGACUCAAGCACACUUGAGGCUGGGGGCUUGCACCUCUGGGUGUAGGGGCUGCCAAACUGGUGUCCACCCUUCGCAGGCCACACAGAGGCCACACCCGAGCACAGGCCUCCGGAGGCGGAGCUGGGGUCGGCCUUCCCGGGCUCGCCGCCCGAGCGCCACCGGUCUGAGCCCGCCCCUCCCACUGGGCUUUGUCCUUAAAGCCCCAGGCUGGGGUCGCCUCCAGGGACCUCAGCCGCUUCCGCUUCUGCGAGUCCGGCGUUUAGCCUCGGGGCCGCUUGGGCGCGGGCCGGGCUCCCGGGACCCCGAGCGGAGGACGCCCAGCCAGGCGACUCCCCGCCUCAGGCGCACCGGCCCACGGACGCGGGGGCGCGCCCGCGGGACUCCAUUUCCCAGCGCGCUGCGCGGAGCCGCCUGGCCGUGGCCACGGACGUCGGAAAGGGCUCCGCCCACCCGGCCGCAGGGCGGGCGGGAACUACGCUUCCCAGAAGGCGCCGCGCGUGCGUCCGCGGCGCGCAUUGGGCCAGCGAGGGCUUGCGGGGGCCGGACUUCCGGCGUCCGGGACUGUCACUUCGCUGCGGGGCGUGGGGCCACACCGGUGUUGGGCACUGCAGCGCGGCGGGCCCGGCUCGGCCUUCCAGGAGCCUCGGAGAGCCGGGCGAGGGCCGCGACGAGGGCGCGAGCGGAGGGCCGCUAGGCGCACGCCGUGGUCCCCGGCGACGGUCGCGCCCCCCGAGCCUCGGUUUCUCCGGGUGUAGCCCGGGCCGCCCCGCGGGGCUGUGGGGCGGUGCCCCGCGUCACGUGCUCUCCGACCCCCGGGCGGCCGGGGAGACGGCGUCCUGGGCGUCUGUGCCCCAGACGGCGGAGAGACUGAGGCCCGGAGCCGGGACGUCCGCGUAGCCGUCGCUUUCUGCGCGUCCGCAAGUACAGGUUCUGAUGGCGACCGCGGCGCUGACGGACCCGGCGCAGGGCCUGAUGGCCUUUGAGGAUGUGGCCGUGUACUUCUCCCAGGAGGAGUGGGAGCUCCUGGACCCAGCCCAGAGGGCCUUGUACUGCCACGUGAUGCUGGAGAACUUCACACUUGUGGCCUCGCUGGGACUCUCUGCCUCAAGACCCCGGGUAGUCAUCCAGCUUGAGCGUGGCGAGGAGCCCUGGGUUCUCGGUGGGACGGUUGCGACACCAGCCAGGAAUGCUCACAGGAAGCCCAGCCCUGGUUCCCGUCACCUGGCAUACGACAGGGUUGUUCCAGGAGCAGCAGAACUGCCAGGGGCCUUCCAUGACGGCUCCCCUCCAGCACCUACGAGGGUCCUCCCCUUUGCUGGCAUCUGUGAGCGUGGGAAAAGCCUGGAGGGCUGGCGGGGCACCUCCCCCUCUCAGGAGAAAAAACCCACAGGGGUGUCUGUAAUCUACUGGGAACGGCUCCUGCUAGGUCCUGGCGGUGGGGAGGCCAGUGUCAGUCUGCGGCUGACCUCCCCACUGAGGACGGUCGAGGAGAGCCCACCAAGAGAGAAGGCCCUUGUGACCCGCCCCAUGCCAGGCAAGCAGCUAAGGGCAUGUGGGGGCCAGAAGCCAUAUGGGCGGGAGGCCCCUGGAAGCGCUUUUCCCAAAAUUCCAGAAUUUGAGUCUGGUCUCACCUCUGGGGAAGGAGGAAAGAGUCCAGCUAGCCACAAGCCUCAUGGACUCCCUGCUGGCCAGGAGCCCCCAACCUGGGAUCAGCUGGGCAAGGCCCUCCACCCAGGCCCUGGCCUCCUUCCCGGGGAGAAGCCCUUCGAAUGCAGGGCGUGCAACAAAGUAUUCGUGAAGAGCUCGGACCUGCUCAAGCACCUGCGCACACACACUGGAGAGCGGCCAUACGAAUGCGCGCAGUGCGGCAAGGCCUUCAGCCAGACGUCGCACCUGACGCAGCACCAGCGCAUCCACAGUGGUGAGACGCCCUACGCGUGCCCGGCCUGUGGCAAGGCCUUCCGGCAUAGCUCCUCACUGGUGAGGCACCAGCGCAUACACACAGCCGAGAAGUCCUUCCGCUGCAGUGAGUGUGGCAAGGCCUUCAGCCACGGCUCCAACCUCAGCCAGCACCGCAAGAUCCAUGCAGGCGGGCGGCCCUACGCGUGUGCCCAGUGUGGCCGCCGUUUCUGCCGCAACUCACACCUCAUUCAGCAUGAGCGCAUGCACACAGGGGAGAAGCCUUACACUUGUGCCCUUUGUGGUGCCGCCUUCAGCCAGGGUUCCUCACUCUCCAAUCACCAGCGUGUGCACACAGGCGAGAAGCCCUUCGCCUGCGUACAGUGUGGCCGCGCCUUCAGCCACAGCUCUAACCUCACGCAGCAUCAGCUGCUGCACACGGGCGAGCGGCCCUUCCGCUGCGGGGACUGCGGGAAGGCUUUUGCCAAGGGCGCGGUGUUGCUCAGCCACCGACGCAUCCACACGGGUGAGAAGCCCUUUGUGUGCGCACAUUGUGGCCGCGCCUUCCGCGAGCGCCCGGCCCUCUUCCACCACCAGAGGAUCCACACGGGAGAGAAACCUGUGCGCAGGCCCCGGCGUGGGGCAGGCCUGACCCCCCAGGCCAGGCCUUCUUCGGUGGUGUCGUCAGAGGGCUCACUGGGGAGGGAAGCGGGGUCCACUUCUGCCUCAGGUCCGGCCGCAGUUUCGAAGCCUGCUGAAGCCUGAGUUCACAGCUCCAACCUUCCCAGGCUUGUCGUAAAACACCCACGUUCCCUGCGUACCCACAUUUUGGAGAAGACCCGU